AUGCUCAUGUUCGCGCCGUAUCUCCUCGUCGCCAGCCUGUCGCUAUUGAUGUCCAUGCCGACCACCUCGGCCGCGCCCUUAACGGCGACACGAGGCAUCGAAACGCGCUCCGUUGUAUCCGCUGCCAGCGGCACCGGUCUGGAACUUAACUCCCGGGGUUCAAGUGUUGAACCUCCCGCUACUGAUGCAGCUGACGAUGAACUGGGUCGUCGGAGUAUCUCUAAUACGGAUGGCGCUAAGAUUGGCGCAGAUGUGGGUCUACCGUUGCCAUCAUAA